CAUCUUUCUAAGAGUUUUAACAUGAUUUUCAGGUUGGCUUUAUUCAGCAUCUGGUUCCUAUGAUGGUUCAGGGAUUGCUGGAAGGGAACCUGAUUUCAGAUAUGAAUCUGACCCCAAGACCAAAAGUGAAGAUUCUGCAUAUGAUGCACUGGUUGAUGACUUUAUGGAUGCUGUGUCGAAGACUUGGCGUAGGCCUAAUCCUAAUGUAACCAUGGAUAAAGAUGCUCACCAGAAGCAAACGAUUCGAUUUGCUGAACUGGCUCUGAAGCGUUACAACAAAAACAAAAAUAACAAGGUUAAAUAUGCUCUUGUUGAGGCAAUUGAUGGUGGUGCUAUUUGGGAGGACUCUGAAAUCUACGCCCAUGUGAAUUUCUAUGCCAAGGCCAAGAAUGGCCCAAAGAAGAAUGAUGGCAAGGUACUUGUGUUUGCUGAGUUGCAUCAGAUUGGCCGGCGUCUCAAUGCUAUGGUUCUUACCUGCUUUCGCUUCCUGGAUGGGAGCAACCAAAUAUGUGGACAACGUGAUAAACUUCGAAACCCUCUUAUCAGGCAAAACCAGGAUAUUGGUCACUGCUAUGCAUGUACUGAACAAAUUAAGCAUCCUGAUGGAUCGAGCUACAAGGCUGGACAUAUUGUCUGCACGUUGUAUUAUCUUGACAACUACACAGUUGUUUGA